UCUGUAUAUAAAGGCACUUGCUUCUUGGCACAGGCCACAGUUUCAGCAGGAAGAAAGAGACGACAACAGCCAAUAUGAAUUUGCGCUACACCCUACUACUUGCGUCGGUACUGCUGACCGCUAACUGCAUGCCUAUGAAGGAUUUGCAAGAUAUGGAUUCUGCCGACGACGUGUUACAGAUGGUGAAAUCUCUGUCUAUUGACAAGGAGGAAAGUGAGUACGACAUUCGUCCCGAGGAGUUGGACGAAUCGGGCGCCCUGAUGGAGUCCGACAUCAAGCUGACCCCGGAGCAGCAGCUUAUUCUGGACGCGCGGAUUCAGCAGGCGCAGACGGGGAAGACCGGGAGGAAGGGUACCGCUAACAUCGCCGCUAGGUGGACCGGGGACGUGCCGUACACACUCAACAGCGCGCUCAGCUCCCAAGCGCGUGAGGGUAUUCUGGCCGCUAUCCAACACUGGGAAGACAACACCUGUAUCCGGUUCCAACAGCUGAGCGGUUCAAUCCCAUCCGAUCUAAGAUACAUCGAGUUCGUUUCAGAGGGCGGAUGCUGGUCUUACAUCGGUAAACUCUCCAACUCUGGACCUCAACAAAUCUCUAUUGGCCAGGGCUGCGAACGUAUGGGCACAGUGGCGCAUGAGAUCGGACAUGCCAUGGGUUUCUUCCACGAGCAGUCCAGACCUGAACGGGAUGACUACGUCGAGAUUCUGUUCGGCAACAUCCAAAGUGGCAAGGAGGGAAACUUCCAAAAGUAUGGUCACGACGAGGUGGUGAGUCAUGGCGUGCCCUAUGACCUCACGUCCAUCAUGCACUACGGCGGAUCGUACUUCUCGGCCAAUGGUGAGCUGACUAUCCGGACACGUGAUCCAGAGAAGCAAGGCCUGAUUGGUAAACGUGAACGCCUCAGCUUCUACGACAUCAAAUUGGCAAACGAGAUGUAUAACUGUGGAGCAAACUGUAACGUGCAGCUGGCGUGUGAGAGUGGCGGGUACGUGGGUCCCCAGUGCACAUGCGCCUGUCCCGUGGGGCUGACGGGAGACACUUGUGGUAGUGUGGAUACGUCUUCAGGUUGCGGAGGUGUUCUACAGGGGGACAGAGGGACCUUCACUAGCCCGAACUUCCCAAGUAACUACGACGACAACACACAGUGUGACUGGCUCAUUAAGGGUGAGAGAGGAAGCACAGUUCAGCUGGAGUUUGAGGAGUUUGGCCUGGAGGCGCACGACAGUUGUGCUUUCGACUCCGUAGAGGUACGACUGGAGGGCCCACAAGUUGGAGGGCGAAGGUUCUGUGGGUCCGGCCCGGGAGCUGUCGGCCUCGAGUCCGCCACGGAGACGCUGUUUGUCCGGUUCAGAAGUGACCAAUCACAGACAGGCAAAGGCUUCAAGGCCAAGUACACAAUUCUAGGCGGCAGUGGAGCAGGUCCUGCUACUACCGCUAAGCCUGCUGGUCCUGUCACUACUGAGGAGUCAAAAGUUCCCACCACCACUACUCGCCAACCAGAACGCCCCACCACUACUCGCCAACCAGAACGCCCCACCACUACUCGCCAACCAGAACGCCCCACCACUACUCGCCAACCAGAACGUCCCUCCACCACACAAGCCGCUGUUUCCAUUGGAUGCACGGUUGGAACGGGCGAGUCGUAUCGUGGAAGGCUAGCUAAGACCGCAUCGGGACGCACCUGUCAGCGCUGGGACGCACAGACACCGCAUCAACACAGCAGGACCCCAGCCAACUACCCGAAUUUCGGGUUGGAAGAGAAUUUCUGCAGGAACCCGGAUGGAGAGCCGUCGCCAUGGUGUUACACCACUGACCAAUCAGUACGCUGGGAGCUCUGUGAGAUCCCAACAUGCACUACAACCCCACCAGCGCCCCCAGCGGUAACGACUAGAACUACAACACUGGCUCCGGCUGUACCGACUACCAAACCGGAGGGAAAUUGUGCUGAAGAGUGUGCAGCUGGAACCGGGGCCUCGUACCGUGGGACAGUCUUCGUGACCGCAACAGGACGCACCUGUCAGCGGUGGGACGCACAGGCACCGCAUCAACACGACAGGACCCCAACUAACUACCAGGACUCGGGUCUGGAGGAGAACUACUGCAGGAACCCGGAUGGUGAAGCAUCCCCAUGGUGCUACACCACUGAUCGUUUCGUGCGAUGGGAGCAUUGUUCUAUCCCGGCAUGCAACACACCUACCGAGGGUGCCAACAGAGAUACGUGUUACGAAGGCAAUGGGGCGGCAUAUAACGGAGUGGUCGCCGUGACUGACCGGGGACUGACCUGCCAACACUGGAACGCGCAAUCCCCACAUAGCCACAGCUUCCACGGACAGGAGGAAAACUACUGCCGCAAUCCGGACGGAGGCACCCAACCAUGGUGCUAUACAACAGACUCUAGCGUCCGUUGGCAGUACUGCAGCGUCCCCAAGUGUGAGGGGUGAGGCACAGGCAGAAAAAUGCUCCCGCCCUGGAGGCGUCUCCAAACAAGCAACAUAACAUAUAUACUAGAUUAAUCCAUACAUAUGAUACUGUGAUCAAUUUAGAAUCGAAAAACAUUUUGUACGCUAUAUUGUUAGCUACAGCUAUUAUGCGCAGUCAUAAAAUAUGUUGUUUUACUGCUAAAGUCUUUUGUCUUUUCCAUGACUCACAAAAGAUACGAAACACUCUAUAUGACAUAAACAUAUAUGACUACAAAAUACAAUAAAGUAAAAUGACACCAAACGAACAUGUCAAAACUACGAAGCAGGUCGACUAAGCAGUUGCAUUUACGUGACUUGCUGUUCCUUUACGUAACUUGCUGUUGCCUACGUGACUUGGUUCUUUUCUCGAGGUCUCUUAGGACAAGGACAUCUUGUUUGUCCAUCUUCUUGCCCAGUUGAUUACAAUUCUACUAAAAGGCUCUAUGAAAAAAAGCUAAUCUAGUUCUCCACAACGGUCCUUUGUUGUCUACGCCACAUCAUCAUAGUUUUCAUACACUUGAUUACUCCACACUGUGUAUCUUUAUUGUAUUCCUAUGAUUCACCACGAGAUAAUUAUAAGGGGAGUAUGUAUUGAAAUGUGACCCUGAUACUAUAGCUACUGGAUGCGUUAUUCCAUAACUAAAAAUUCACGAAUAACCUACAUUUAACGUUAUAAACUGAGCAUUUUCUGUCUUUUCAAUUCAUAUUUAGAAUUUAGUAACCAAUUCUCUUUCGGGAUCUUUGUUUUCAAAAUUAGCCAAGCGUAUAAUGCAACAAUGAAAAUAGAAACAGUGCA